AUGAAAUUUGAUUAACGUCAAAUGUAAAUUACGUCAAACAUGUGUAAAGUUUAAAUUAUCGUAGUCGUGUCUUAAGGUACUUUUUGUAUAAAUUUAUGUAUGUCCAAGAACUCACAAUCACCAACUCCAUUGUUCGAUCAUGACCGAACCACCACAAAACUCACAAGAAGGCAAAGUAUAUCUUGAAGAGCUGACACGCAAGUUCGUCGAGGAGAAGCGCAAAGUUAGCACCACAGUUCACAACCUGAUCGAGAAUGGCGGGCUGGACAAUGUUUGCAAACAGGUGGAGAUGUGGAAGCGCAACUACCAACAGGUGGAGCGCCAACGCCAGACGUUGGAACGCGAAAAGAAAACCAUAUUGCAGAAGCUGCGGAAGGCGGAGACCGGCGACCACGCGGACAACCCGACUCAAAGCAGCUUACAGGCCAGCAACAACGAACUGAAGGAGAAGCUGGAGGCGUUGGAGAAGCGUUUCACGCAAAUGGACUCGAAAAACGUGAAGCUGAGGGCCAGAAACACGUUGCUGGAGAAGGAAAAGGAGGAACUGACCGCCAAGUUCGAAGGCCUGACCAUUGAAACCAACAAUCUCAGCAUCGAAAUCAGCAAGCUGCGAGGCCUCAACGCCGCCCUUAAGAAUCAAAACUUGAAGCUGAAGGGCUCCAUAUCCGUUCCAGAAAAGGAAAAGGAGGAUUUGAAGAAACAACUGGACACGGUCAAGGGCGAAAUAAACAAUCUACAGACUGUCAUCGGCAAGUUGAAGUGCCUCAACAGCUCGCUGAAGACCCAAAACCAGGAGCUGAAGAUGAAGCUGGCGGCUGGCGACUCGCAGCAAACGCAGGACGAACGACUCGAAGAGGAGAACAGGAUUCAGGUGCAACUAUUGGAGAAGGACAUCGACGAACUGAAAUCAGUUAUACAGCAGUUAGAGAACAAAAAUAAUUCAUUGGAGAAGGACCUAAAGGACAACUCCAUCAAAGACGUGGAACUGGAGAACGAGAAGUUGCGCGUGGAAAUCGAGGAACGGGACAAAACCUUGGCGAAGAUGAAGGAGGAACUCGAGAAGUUUAAUAAGAUCAUUGCGGAGAAUCAAAAUUUAAAAGCAAAUCUAAAUAAAACACAAGGAACUUUAGAAAGGGUGCAGAAGGACUUGGAGAAGGCGUUGUCGCGAGCCAUCAACUGCAGCAAGUUGCAAAUGGAGAACGACCAGCUGAAGAAGCAGGCACAGGACGCAGCCUUAACCCAAAAGUUACAGCAACAGAACGUGGAACUGAAAAACCAAAUGGAGUCUCUAAUGAAUGAUAAUCAAACCUUAAAACGCCACGUCCACCAGUUGUGCCACUAUCAGAACCAUCUCCAGUCAGCAAAAGAACACGACGCCUGCAACAAGCAAACAAUAACAAUGUUGACCACCGAAAACAAGAGAUUAAAACACGAAAUGGACGUGCUGAUGUCAGAUAUGGUGGAGGAACGGAAACGCCGCCUGUCCCAAGCGGACGACGCCUCCAUAAAACUGACGGCGAAGAUCAACGACCUAGAAACCCAGUGCGACCAGUUGCGCAAAGACCUCAACAUAGCCUUAAACGACACCAAGUCCAAAACCAGCGAGCUGCUGCGCGUGCAGAUCAGCGAGGCGAACAUCAAGCAACGCCUGAUCGACAUGGACGACGCACUGAAGAAGGCACGCAAAGAGCUGAACGAGGUGCGUCAAAAGGAACGGGUGAGCGUGACAACGUUGGAGGAGCUGAAGCAACGAGAUAGCUUAUUCAGGCAGAGGAUAGACACGCUCGAGGAGGAGAACCGUAAUUUACAGAAGACGUUGGAGGAGACGACCCAGACGUUGGACACGCAAAGCAAGCAACUGUUGGAGUUGAACAACAGCUACAAACGCAUGAAGGUCGAGAAGGAGAACCUUUUCAAGCAGGUGGAGGCGAUGCCCAAAGAUGACGUGGUGUACCUGAAGGGUGUCUUGUUCAAAGUGACGAGUGAAAAGGAAAACUUGGAGAAGGCCUACCAGUCCAUAAACGAGGAGUACCUCAAGUGGAAGGAGCUGCAGAACCAAGAAGACAUGAAUCUGCGCAACACGAUCAGCCAACUGGAAAUGGAAAACGGGAAGCUGCAAAUACAACUGGAAAACCUGAACAACGGCCAGGCCGUGCAAACGCAACGGGUUCUGGAAGAGGAGGUGUACAGGUUGAGGAAGGAAUCCACGACUUUGAGACACAAACUGAAGGUAACACAAGACGACUACAACAGGUUGAAGUUGGAGGCGCCGAAGGCGAUAGAAAUCCACAAUCAGUACAGAAGGAGGUUGUCGAUUUUGGAGCAGGAGAAGGCGCAACUGUUGGACGAGUUGAACAAGAGCGUCAAGGAGAUGGCAAGCAUCGGAAGCACCGAGGAAACCAUGAGGCUGAGGUCGAGGAUCAAGCAGCUGGAGGACGUGAUGGUGUCGCAGAAACAAAAGUACGACAGCGCGUUCGUGCAGAGCAAAGAGCUGAUGAGUCUCGCCGGCAUGCUCAGGGAUAAGAUGAUGGAGCUGGAGGAAGAGAACGCCCACUUGAAAAAGAACUUGUACCUCAUGCAGUCACACUCCAGAAGUGUCUUGCAAAACAUCUCCUCCGUCGAUAAAACCACCAUCGAACAGAAGGAGAAAAUCACCCAGUUGGAAAAGGAAGUGAAGCUGCUUAAGGCACAACUUGAGGAUGUGUUGAAGAAGUAUAGACACGCCGAAACCGUUCUGAUGGAGAACAAAGCCAUGCGCAUGAAAUUAAAGGACAUGGAGUUGAACGUUGAGUUGCUGAGGAGGGAGCUGAACAACUCCUUGGAGGAUUUGCAGGAGCAGGAGCAACAACUUGCGUUAUUGACCGUAGAAAACGAUAGGCUGAAACAAGGGCAGAUUUAAGAUAAAAUUGUUUAUUACUGUGAUUGUUUUGUGAUAAAUAUAAUGCGGUUUUAUGUUAUAAUUAGA